AUGGAUAGUAUUCGUUUACGUUCAAUUAUUUUAAAUUUACAAGAUCGUCUUUCCAAUGAUGAUCGAAAACGUCUUCAUUUUUAUCUUGGUAAUGAUGUUCCUCGAAGAAUUCGAGAUGAUCCAACACUUGGCGGUACACUUAAUUUAAUGGAUUCACUUUUUGAUCAAGAUAUAAUCAAUGAAAAAGAUUUUACUUAUUUAAUUGAAGCUUUUCACGAAAUUCGUUGUUUUGAUGCUGUGAAAUUAUUAAAAGAACAUUUAAAUCGAAGUCAAUCUACACAAAGCUUAUCAUUAAUUAUGCCACCCCUUUUUGAAAAACUUACUAAAGAUCAAGAAGACGAUGAUAAAUUGAGUUUAUGUUCUAAUUAUAUUUGUCUACAAAAUUUCACUAAUCAUCACGAAACGACAAUUAAUAAUAAUCAAAUAAAUCAACAAAUCUUACCUAAAAGAUCAGAAAGAAAGAUAUUAUCUAAACAAUGUCUAGUAUUAUUAUUAUUUCUUUUGUCUUUUGGUUUUUGUUUAAUUUUUGCUAUUUGGAGUCAAUAUGAAAAUUACAAAAUGAAAAAUAAUUCAAAAUUGCUUAUGGAAAUGAUACAACAAACAAAAACAAAUCAAACAGAAACAAUUUUGUUAUGGAAACAAUUACAAAAUCUCGAAAAAGAGGUCUACCAAAAAAAAAUCUAA